AUGGAGGCGUAUACCGAAGACCGGCCAUCUUUCACGUCUUUCUGGAGGAAAACGAAGGACGAGUCCACGGCACGCGAGCUCACGUUCGUCCAGAGUGACCCUAGCCAGCCAGGUUGUAAAGUCCCGGCACCGGAGCAGGGCCCGGCACCAGGGCACGCAUCAAAGGACAAGCGGAGAGUGCAGGUUCGGAAAGCGCAGGUGGCGCACCGCCAGCGCAAAGCAAAAUACGUCGAGCAGCUCGAGGCGGACAUCGCUGGCAUGCGAGACAAGAUCUCCACCGCUGAGAGUGAACGGCAGACGCUACGGGACGAGAACGAAGCCAUCCGUGCCCAUCUCUCUGCAGCAGCAGCAGCAGCAGCCUCGACUUACAGCCAGGCCUCAGCCCCGUCAAUACAACUCUCGUAUAUGCCGUCAUACUUGGACAGCAGUUUCCAGUAUCAAGACUCAAAUCUCGGCACCAGCGUUGGCAUGGGCUCUUUGAACGCGAUGGAUUUGAACAUGGAUGGUGCUCUGGGUACAUUAACUCCAUUCUACACGAGCGAACACUCUCCCUUCGCAAGCUCAGGCGUUGGAUCUUCUCUGAGCGGCUCGCCUCAAUAUCUGGCUAGGAGUGGAGGCAGCUCUCCAUACCCCUACUUGCCUUGA